AUGAGGGUCAAAAUUUAUGUGGUAUGGCAGGUAGCUUUCUUACUCGAAGAACUUGGUCUCUCUUAUGAGACUAUUUACUUUGACUUCAAAAAAGGAGAGCAGAAGUCGGAGGAACACACAAAGCUCAAUCCAAAUGGUCGAAUCCCUACCAUUAUCGACCACAAGAAUUCUGAUUUCACUCUGUGGGAGAGCAAUGCUAUCCUCGAGUAUCUUGCUUACACCUAUGACAAGGAAGGAAAAUUUACUGUCAGCAAACCAGAAGAGAAGUACAAACAACUUCAAUGGCUAUUUUUCCAAUCAUCCGGCCAAGGUGCUUACUUCGGUCAAGCUGCCUGGUUUAAGUCUUUCCAUGCUGAAAAAAUUCCUUCAGCAAUUGAGAGAUAUCAGAAUGAAGUAAAAAGAGUUUCAGGAGUUUUGAACAAUGUCUUAAGCAAACAAGAAUGGCUUGUUGGUGAAAAACUCACCAUUGCAGAUUUAUCUUUUAUCCCAUGGCAUUAUGGUGCGAUUAAGAUUUUAGAUGAAACCGAUUUUUCAAAGGAGUAUCCUGCUUUAGAUAAGUGGUUCAAGAAGAUGACUGCGAGACCUGCUAUCAAAAAAGUUUGGGAUGAGCGUAAUGCCCUCAAUGAUGCAUAA